AUGACAUCAGACGGACAGCAUCUUUGGGAGAGCGAGGCCAAAGUGGAGAGAGAGAGCGCCAAAUCUAACACGCUGGUGGUGGAAGUCCCUCCGUACAAAAACCAGAGACUGUCUGCUCCGGUUCACGUCAACUUCUACGUUUGCACCGGGAAACGCAAACGCAGCCAGUACCAGCGCUUCACCUACGUCCCAGCCUCCGUCCCGACCAUAAAGACCGAGCCCCGGGACGACUUCGACGGCUCCCUGGUCUGCCCCCCCCUCCCUCUUCAUCCCAAACCGUACUUCCCGACUCCCGCCCUGACUCCCAUCAUCCUCAGCGGCCCCCCCUUCCCCUCCGCCCCCCCUCCCCAGCGGAUCACCCUCAAACCUCCCCCGCCGCCCCUCCCCCCGGCCUCGCCCAGCCUGUCCCCGAGCGCCACCACGCUCAGCCUGCCGGUCAUUCAGGAGACCCGCUUCGCCUCCAGUCCCAGUCCCAGUCCUAGUCCCAGUCCCAGUGCCGAGGGGUUCCCCACCGGUCUGCAGCCCGAGCCCAGCCCCACCCCCCAGCCCCCGCCCGAAGACAGACCCCGGGACCCGCAGGCCGUCAGCAUCAAGCAGGAGCCGCAGGAGCUGGACCAGAUGUACCUCGACGACGCUGCGAUACAGCCACGAUACAGCCACAAUACAGCCGCAAUACAGCCGAAAUACAGCCACGAUACAGCCACGAUACAGCCGCGAUACAGCCCUGAUACUGACGGGAUACAGCCACAAUACAGCCACGAUACAGCCACGAUACAGCCGCGAUACAGCCCUGAUACUGACGGGAUACAGCCACGAUACAGCCACGAUACAGCCACGAUACAGCCGCGAUACAGCCCUGAUACUGACGGGAUACAGCCACGAUACAGCCACAAUACAGCCACGAUACAGCCACGAUACAGCCACGAUACAGCUGCAAUACAGCCGCGAUACAGCCACGAUACUGACGGGAUACAGCCACAAUACAGCCACGAUACAGCCACAAUACAGCCGCGAUACAGCCCUGAUACUGACGGGAUACAGCCACGAUACAGCCACGAUACAGCCACGAUACAGCCGCGAUACAGCCGUGAUACUGACGGGAUACAGCCACGAUACAGCCACAAUACAGCCACGAUACAGCCACGAUACAGCCACGAUACAGCUGCAAUACAGCCGCGAUACAGCCGCGAUACAGCCCUGAUACUGACGGGAUACAGCCACAAUACAGCCACGAUACAGCCACGAUACAGCCGCGAUACAGCCCUGAUACUGACGGGAUACAGCCACGAUACAGCCACAAUACAGCCACGAUACAGCCACGAUACAGCCACGAUACAGCUGCAAUACAGCCGCGAUACAGCCACGAUACUGACGGGAUACAGCCACAAUACAGCCACGAUACAGCCACGAUACAGCCGCGAUACAGCCGUGAUACAGCCACGAUACAGCCGCGAUACAGCCGCGAUACAGCCGUGA